AUGCAGGCCAAGGUGAUUGUUCCGAACAGCACGGCCGGGCUGAUCAUCGGCAAAGGCGGGGCCACCGUCAAGGCCGUCAUGGAGCAGUCGGGAGCCUGGGUGCAGCUGAGCCAGAAGCCCGAGGGCAUCAACCUCCAGGAACGGGUGGUGACCAUCAGCGGGGAGCCCGAGCAGAUCCACAAGGCGGUCGACAUCAUCGUCCAGAAGAUCCAGGAGGAUCCGCAGAGCAGCAGCUGCCUCAACAUCAGCUAUGCCAACAUCACAGGCCCUGUGGCCAACUCUAACCCGACAGGAUCACCCUAUGCUAAUUCCACGGACGUGCUGCCAGCCGCUGCGGCGGCAGCCACGGCUUCGGGCUUGCUGGGUCACACCGGCCUCGCCGGAGUCGGGGCUUUCCCAGCUGCUCUGCCGGGCUUCUCUGGGAGCGACUUGUUAGCCAUUAGCACAGCUCUCAACACGCUGGCAAGCUAUGGAUACAACACCAGUUCUUUGGGGCUAGGCCUCAACUCAGCAGCUGCUUCUGGGGUGCUGGCAGCCGUUGCCGCUGGUGCCAACCCAGCCGCCGCCGCCGCUGCCAACCUCUUAGCUUCCUAUGCCAACGAGGCUUCUACCAGCACCUCCACGCCUGCCGGCGCGGUCGGAGCCUUCACGUUAGGCUCUUUAGCUGCAGCCACAGGGGCAGCCAACGGCUACCUGGGGACGGCCUCCCCGCUGAUGGCCAGCUCCUUCCUGGCCACAGAGAAGCUUGUGGAAAGCGCCAAAGAUAUGGUGGAGAUCGCAGUGCCGGAGAACCUAGUGGGCGCCAUUUUGGGGAAAGGAGGCAAGACGUUGGUUGAGUACCAAGAGCUGACGGGCGCCCGCAUCCAGAUUUCCAAAAAGGGGGAGUUUAUUCCAGGCACUAGGAACCGUAAAGUCACCAUCACUGGCACGCCAGCCGCCACCCAAGCGGCCCAGUAUCUCAUCAGCCAGCGAGUAACAUACGAGCAAGGAGUUCGAGCAACCAACCCACAGAAAGUGGGAUAAGAGAAGGCUGGAGAGAAGGCUGGGGGGAAGGAGCGGAAUUCAAAUCAAGUCUUUAAAUCGUUCAAAUUGUAACUAACCUGACACCAGCCCUCCCAAUGUCCAUCUUGCACACAAACACACACACACACACACACACAUACACACACACUCUCUCUCUCACUCCUCUGGUCGGGAAACAGCUCAGCAUUUCCUCUGCUGGACCUUUAUUUCGCCAUUGGUGCGAUCCUGUAUAUGUAUAUAUAUGGCAACAUUUUCUUUUCUUUUUUGAGUUGAUGGAUUUUAAUAGAAAAAAAAAUCAUUUUUUAAGAAAAAAAAUAUCCUCUCUCUUUCCCUCUUUAUUUCUAACGUCCUGAAUCAGCAGUCUCAAAGGGGCAGGGCCUUGCCUCUUCGUUCCCCUUCCCUCACACGGCGGUGUGUAGAUCAGGUUCAGAAUUUCCCGGCAACUGUGUGUGUUUGUGUUUCCCUCUUGAUGCUCAGGCCUUUAUGGGAUACAGGAUAUCAGGCUGGGUUUCCAAAUGCGUGGGGGAGGGAAGCUGAUCUGGGUUCGAAUCCUGGCGCGGUGCUUCACAAAGUGCCAUCUCCCCUCUUACUGUGAGCCCUAAAAUUGGCGUGAUCCCUGCUCGUUUUGAGAGGAGGUCGAGGUAGGCGAGGGUGCAUUCCGAAAUGGGGGACUGGGUGGGGAGGGGGCUGCAAUGUAUACCCUUGCAUAUUUUUUUCCUUUGGGAGGGAUUCCUUCUGCAUCUCCUUCUUAACCCUGUUGUAAAAAGAAAAAGAGUGAGGUAUUUGGAGCGAAGGAUUGCUGACGAGGAAUGACCCUGUGAUCUACCUAAGAAAAGGUGUCAAGGAGACUGGCUCCUCCACAGCGGAAGAGUUUUGGAUAGAGCAAGUGAUGGCUUGAUUGGAACCAGGGCGACGAGCGGGCCAGGCAGCUUCUGCUGUGGUUUUAUGUGUGCUGAGGAUGGCAGAGAGACUAUUUAGAAGACUGAAGGGUCUCCUGAGAUUGGACAACAGCCGGGGGUGUGGGGUGCUUGCUGUGAAGGGCAAGAUAGAGUCUUGUGAUGUUCAGGUGACACUCGGUCCCCUUCCGGAGACAUAGUAAGUUGCUAUGUCCCACAGAGCCGUGUGUGGAGUUUGUUUCCUGAGAUCCGUUGGGCUGUUUUCUGUCGCAUGCCUGGUGACUCACAACUGCAGGGUGCGUAAACUGCAAGCGAGAUCCUCCCACAGAGAAGUGGCGUAGCCUCUCGGAGUCGCAAUUCAUCUCUCGACAGAAAGCUCUCCUUGAGUUUCUGGUGGGUCGCUGUCCAAACCAGCCAUGUUUUUUUUCAUGUCACAAGAAGUGCUAUCCUGUUUGUAUCCAUACUGGUGGCAUGAAUAGGAAGGGAAAUACCCGCUUGCUUAUCCCAGAUGCUUCCUGUCUGUCCAGGAGCCCAGCCUGGUGUGUUCAGUAAGCUAGCUAAAGUUGCACAGUCGCUACGCGCGCACCCCGCACCCCCCAUGAAAGCACUAGGGAAUUCCCACGCCCCUGUCAGUAUUAGUUUUUGGUGUGGAUUCAUAAAGGAACUACAAGUCCGUCAGCUCUCGAGAUCCCACCCCAGAUUGGGGGGGAGUCCCUAUGACCCACCUUCUUUCUCUCUUUCCUUCCCUGCAACCCCCUUGCAUGAACAAGCAGUAUUAUCAGCCUGCAGCUGUGAGGAGGCCUUUGAUGCUGACCGUCACACCGCAGGGAUGCAGCUUCCUUCCCGCAAAGGCCUCCUCUCGCGUGAAAAUUUGCACUCCCUGUGCAGUCCCAUUGAACACCCGCAGUUUGGAUGGCGACCGAUGCCUACGCCCUCGUGAGGCAGGGGCGGGUGGCAGCGUGGCCUUCCCUUUCGCCCCGUGAACCCUCCCGCCAUCCAAACAGGCAGUCUUUCCACUUAGUACAGGUCUGAGUGUCGUUUCCGUCGUUUCUCAUCCUGAUGUUUUUGCAAGCCUUUCAGUGAUGCAUGCUGUUUUGUCACCGGCCCACCUGUUCCCUUUAAAGGGGUACAAAAGAGAAUCAGGGUGUCUCCCUGCAAUGUUUACAUACAGGCCCGGCAACACUCACAGGGAGGGUUUAGUCCAACCUGCUUUUGAAGAUUUGUGCACUUGACUAGGAGCGUCUUUCCCCCUCCUGCCAGCUUUUGCUUCUUGGACAUACGGAGCCGCCGAGCAGCCAGGGCUGGCUGUCGUCAGUCUGAACAAACCGACGGCCUGGUCACGUGCCGGUUUGUAUCUCCUUUUUGACCGAAAGGCCACUUGGCAGUUGGGUCGUGUUGGGAGCCUUGCUUUUCCAGCCGGUGGCGGCAGCCCGUCGUUUCUCGUUCCGGAACGGAUGACUUCCUUCGUAAGGUCUCCAGUGUAAAUGUGAAGUGGAUGUCUACCUCGUCACCCAGCACUCUCUGUGAUGUAGCGUCCUGUGGCACCGCAAGCGACUUCCUUCCAGGUCCUUCACGUGCCCCUCUGAGCCGUCUCGCAGCCAGUGCGGCUUAUCCAAGCCAGGGUGGUAGUGGUCGUUGUAAGGUGUUUUGGGUGUGUGCCUAUUGGUUUGUUUGUGGUAGAAUCGGUGACGGGAUUUCUUAAAGGGAGAGCUGAGUUUGAGCCAUCGUUUGCUUUGCCUCGGAUGUUCUAAGUGAGGUUGGGGCCCAAAGGGACUGUAGACUUGGAUGUGUUUGCAGGAAUCGCAUCUCAGACCACGGCGCGGGAGCACGGAGAUGUGGCAGGAGACCUCAUGCAUUUCCCUCCCUCGGUUGUCUCCCAACGCACUUGCAGCUCCCUUUAGCGUAGACCUUUCUCUUCUAGCCUUGAUGUCCAACGUUGUUUUACUCCAGCAGCGAGGUGUGGACUUGUGCAAUAUAUUUUUUUCUUAUUACCACUAGAGGGAAUCGCUUCCCUCAUGACUCUUUUGGAAGCAUAAGGCUGGACCCUGGUGGAGCAACCUACAAGGGGGCAAGGGGGUGGAAAAACCCCUUCCCAAUUAGUUUGAUCCACUACUGGCAGGCAAAGCCAAGAUUCAGGCUGCCACUACAGGGUUGGUUGGGCUCUGGGGUUUAUUUGGGGAGGGGGGGCUCAUCUCUUAUUAGUUAACAGCCUGUGUCUUGGUUCUGUUUCCUUCUUUGCCUUGAGGCCAAGAAGACUCUAUAACCACUAGGGAGCAAAACCGAAAUGUGAAAUUUAUAUACUAUUUAAAAAAAAAAUUAAGGAAGCAAUAUCUGUCUAGCAACUUGCACUGAUUUUAAACGAGCGAGGAUUGCUGCUGCAGCCGGCAUAUUAUCCAUAGGAGAUUUCCCGAGAAGUGAAAAGGGAGGUGGGGUGGGGGGGAAGGACAAUAAUUGCCAGCGAGGCAGGCCUCAGUUCACACGGGCUGAGGUUCUGGGCCUCCUGGGUCUUACAAGGAACAAGCGCUGCUGCUGUUUUGCCCGUGUGUUGCAUAUCAGGCUUUGCUGGGGUGGCGAGAAAGAGCAAAAGGAAAUGUGUUGUGCCAAACUUUUCGUCUGCGUCUUUUUAAACGGUGUGGAUGUAUCAGGCGAGGAGAGUUCACCUCGUCCUGCGAAUCGCUCAGACAUUUGGGGCGUUCAUUCUAAGGCUUGUGGCAUCUGCUCCUUCCUCGUGUUUGGCCUCUUCCUCUUUGGGAACUUUGGGCCACAGCUGUGUGCACUUCAGUAUCAAAUACCUGCGCCCAGGUGAUCUAUGUCCUGCAACAGGGACCUGCAUAACUAGCGCUGAUCCAGUUUUAUUUUGCCUCAUUUAUUC